CUAACGGUGCUGGCUCGUGCUCAGCCAGAGGCUGUGAGGUGGUGAAACUCCAGUGGCUGCGCACGGGGCACACGCAACAACAAAUAGUCCCACACAUAACGUCGGCCCAGUCCCCAAAAAUAGUUCACUUUAGCCGCCAGCGAGCUAGUUAGCCGCUGUUGUUGUGGUGCGGCUAGCGCGUUAGCAACCUUUGUUCGUUAGCCUGAGAGCUAGGUUAGCACAUUCGCUAACAACCAGAGGGAGCAUCCAGCUUCACCUGACUUUCCUCGUGUGCGUGGACGGAGUGAUCGGGUCCACAUCGCAGUUGGUUUGACAGUGAUACGUGCUGGUGAACACUGAGCAGCACGGAGGCGCCAUCUCCUUGUGUUUGUCUUUUACUCUCAGUUGACAACAUUCCCCGCCGCCCGAAGCUGCUGCCAAAGAGUGGCCGAGGCUGCCAUUAGUUGUUGUGAUUGUAAACAAUACUUGUCCUUUAACUUAGCAGUGUCAAAAUCAAAGUGUUAAAUGCUGUGAGUUCAUGUAAAGCGACCCUCAUAGGCCCAAGCGGAUGAAUGUUAGAUGUAAACAUGACAUUAUGUACUGUUGACUAUCAAAUAGUUGCUGAGGGUUUCUCAAAAAGUGACAGUAACAUUUAACAUAUUAGCACACGUCUAUGAAAUGUGCCUUCACGCGCAGUGGAUGUGAUGAGUGUAUCUCUGCUUUUCAGUUUCCUGGUGACAGCACAUGAGAGCUUAGACAUGUGUUUCACCACAGCUGUGAUUCUUCUAUUAUGUUCUGAUAGUGAGUCCAGUGCUUUGCUCCAUUGAUAAAGAGGGGUUUUACAGAAGGAUGCGUCAUGGGGACUGGGCGAUAAGGUGAUAAAAGAUCGUCCAUCCAUGGCGCUGCUGGAGGAAGAGGAUGGUGAGCAUCCACGACGCGAGUGGAGUCCCAGCAUGGGGCACGAGGAGCGCAUUCCAAUUCAGAUCAAGGAUAAAAGAGAUCUCCGGGCCAACCCAGGAGAGGAGCAGCUUCGGGGGCACGGCUCUUGCACCACACCGGAGAACAUGUUCACUCCUCCACGUGUCGGAAAUGAAUAUCCCCAGGAAGGCCCCCACACAUCCAACCUCCCUCAGAGUCAGGGUGUGGAGAACAGAGAGAGGGAUCCCGGCUCCCGUGGCCCCUCCAGGCAUGUGAAGGCAGAGAGCGGAGGAGGCCACAGAGGCUCAACGUCCUCCAACAGCGGUGCCCAGCCUCUGGCACCGGUCAACCCAAACUGCUCAAAUGAGAACAACAUUGAUAUUAUUGGCGUGGACAAUGGAGGACAGAUGGUUGGUGCUAAGGGAGCUGGAACUGGAGCUAGCAGAGCACAGGCCUCUCACAUGCGCAACCAAGCAGCCAAUGCCGUGGAAUGCCCCAAUCAGAAAUCUCCCCUACAAGCACACAUGUCGUCUUUCUGCUGCAAGGUUUGCGGCGAGGCAUUUAGUCACGUUGGCCACUUGCACGUGCACGUACAAGUGCACACACGGGAAAAACCGUACCGCUGUGGUGUAUGUGGGAAAUGCUGCAGCUCAUCUGGUAGACUCCAGGAGCACCAGCGGAGCCACACGGGUGAAAAACCAUUCCGGUGCCAGAUCUGUGGGAAGGGCUUCACGCAGAUGGCUCACCUGAAGGUCCACAUGAGGAUCCAUACCGGGGAGAAGCCAUACAGCUGCCCCGUGUGCGGCAAGUGCUUCAGCCGCUCUGACAAAAUCAAAAGGCAUCUCCAGACCCAUAGCCGCGAGGGAACAUAUUUCUCAGGGCAAUGAUGCAAGGGUGUUGUUGAAAAAACCCAGUUUGUGAAUCAUAUUGAUGUGGGAAACUUUUCUACAAAAAGCUAAAAUCGCUGCCACCGAAGCUUUUUUUCUUCUUCCUCCUGUCCAAGAACUAGGGAUUCUGCAGCUCUUGGAGAAAGAUUGUUUUUUUAAUCUAUCCUAAUACUCCACGCCAUAGUUCCUCAGUAGACUUUGUAUUAGCCAUUUACUUAAUUUUCUACCUGUCUCAGAGUAUUACAUCUCCAAGACACAUUUCAAGUUAUUAACUAGCCUUUUAAAUAACCUAGCCUUUCCUUAGUCUUCUAAUUAGCAUGAUGAAGUCUUCCACACAUGCCUUGAAACUGAGAUGCAUUAAGAAAUGCAACAAUAUCCAGCACAGUUAUCAACCAGUCACUUCAUCGCUACAAAGUUUCAAAUCUGCAGACUUGACAUUUAUCUCAUAAACAUUAUUUUAGGACCUAAAAUUAAGAAUGGGUCUGUUUGAGAAAUCAUCUCCAGUUUCUAACUUAACUAGAGGAUUGGCAGGGAAAGCCUGUGUGUUAUUUGGAUUAGUCUAACACUGCCAAUAGGAGUUUGUUUUUAAUGUAGCAUUUUUAACAAACAAAAAAGAUCAUGAAACGCCCCCCCUUAGACAUUUGGACUUGUUUACAAGGAGUCUGAUCUCGCACUUGUCUCCGUCAUUACGUCUGUUUCUUUUGCUUCUCGGUGCUGUUACAUUGUUGCAGAGAUGAAAACUGCCACCCCACAUCGUCAGUGCUUCAUAUUGUCCACUGAAACAAGGACACAUCUCUUGGGAGACUGCUCCACUAUUUUGUGAAAUAAUGACAUUUUGUAAAAUAACACUAGUCUCAGUCUACCAUACACUUAGGAACAUUGUGGUGUUUUUGUUUUAUUUUUGAAAUGACAUGAACUAUGGCAUCUAUCCGAGACGAUGCAGACAUUCACUCUACAUUAGGGCCAUACAGUAUUAGCUGAACAUAUCUGUUGUUUUUCAGUGGUCUCAGAUUUGCUCUCCGCUGUGGUUGAUUUGAUGAUGGAAUUGGCUAUUUCCUCUGCCCAUCAUGGAUUGCCUGCCCCCCCCCCCCCCCAAAAAAAAACAGUAGACCCUACAGUUACCUUUCUCCUCUCAGGACUAAAGCUGCAUACAUGACACAAGGGCAAUCCAAAUUUACUUACCUCUGACUAAAUACUGCUAUCACACAAGUCAGAAACUCAGGAUAUGGGAGUUUUUCCCCCCAUUGAAUUAGUCCCUGCUUAUAAUAAAGAUGAGCAAAACAAAAUGAAACCUUCAGACUGUGUCAGAGCUCAGGAUGCCAAAUCCUGGCCAAGUUCUCCAUCCAUGUGUGAUGAAUGCAUCAUGAGACGACUACAGCAUGUCCUCACAGCUGACCAGCAACCUUCACAUCUUUUCUUGGACACCAUUUCUUCCGCUUGCACACACACUCACACACUCCACUCGACAAUGUUGUAUUAUUGCAAAUUAAAUGUUAUUUUUUAAUAAAGUAGUCAUUGAGUAUCAAUUCUUA